AUUUCGCGUUAGUUUCACUCUGGAAGUCAAACAGCACAGACUUCUCUCCCGGCCAUCAACUGAGGUUUGAGGUUCCCAAUGUCUUCACCAUCAGAAGAGGACCUGUCCUGUCCGAUCUGUCAAGAUGUCUAUAAGAAGCCUGUCCUAUUGUCCUGCAGCCACAGCUUCUGUGGGCUCUGUCUGAGGAGCUGGUGGAGAGAGAAGCCCACACAGCAGUGUCCUGUUUGUAAGAGAAGAUCCUCCAGGGGCGAUCCUCCACUGAACCUGGCUCUGAGGAACCUGUGUGAGGCCUAUCUACAGCAGAGAGAGCACAAGGCCCCAGAAGAACAUGUGUGUCCACUGCACUCAGAGAGACUCCGACUCUUCUGUCUGUCUGACCAGCAGCCUGUCUGUGUGGUGUGUCGAGACUCUAAAGCUCAUGAAGACCACCGCUUUAGGCCCAUAGUAGAAGCAGCACAGGAUCUCAGGCAGGAACUGGACCAGUCCCUACGACCUCUGAAGGAACACUUGGAGAAGGUUAAGGACACUCAAAAAAAUCUUUUUGCCACUGCAGAUCAUAUAAAAGAUCAGGCUCAGGACACACAGAAGCAGAUCUGUGAUGAGUUUAAGAAGCUGCAUCAGUUUCUGGAGGAGGAGGAGGAAGCCCGUCUGAAGGCUCUGAGGGAAGAAGAGAAGCAGAAGACUCAGAAGAUGAAAGACAAGAUGGAGGCUGUGAGCAGAGAGAUAGAAGCUGUGUCAGAAACCAUCAGAGACACAGAGGAGCAGAUGAGAGAAGCAGACGUCUCCUUCCUGCUCAAAUACAAGGCUGCAGUGGAGAAAGUGCAGCACUGCCCCCUGCUGGAAGAGCCAGAGAUGGGUCCAGGAGCUCUGAUAGACCAGGCCAAACAUUUGGGCAACCUGGCCUUCAACAUCUGGAGCAGCAUGAAGAUGAUGAUGCACUACUCUCCAGUCAUACUAGACCCCAACACUGCACACCCAGAACUGGUCCUGUCUGAUGAUCUGACCAGUUGGACACCGAAAAAAUAUAUUAAGAAGGAUUCCAUUUCAAUUGUUGGCUCUGAGGGAUACAAGUCAGGCUCUCACAGUUGGAUUGUUGAAGUGGGAGACAGUGACAGAUGGUUAGUAGGAGUUGCCACCGAAAAAUUAUUACCUGUUGAUGACAGUGAUGACGAAAGUGAUAGUGAGGUCAGUGAUGAUGAUGAUGAUGAUGAUGAUGAUGAUGAUGAUGAUGACAACGACGAGGGCGAAGAUGAUGAUGAUGAUGAUGAUGAUGAUGAUGAUGAUGAUGAUGAUAAUAUAUGCAUUAUAUGGUUCUCUAAGGGCAAAUAUAAAGCCAUCAACAAUGAAGAAGAAGUUAAUCUCAAACUAGCAUCAAGUCCACGAAGAAUCAGAGUCCUUCUUGAUUGUGACAAACAUGAAGUGAGUUUUUAUGACUUGAGUGGUAACACUGUCAUUCACACUUUCACACAAAUCAGCCCCUUGAAGCUGUUCUCACUCUCUGUCAUUAGAACUGUCAUUCCACUAAAUCCACUAAAUCAGGUCAAAAUUGUGCCACAACAUUCGUCCCAUAAAUAUAAUCUUGUCAAUUUCACAAAUUUGACAAAGUGAGAGAUUUCUCUAUUUUUUAGUUAUUUUGUAAAUAGAUGCCAACUUUUUAUUUUAGUUUGAUUUGAUCAUUUCACUUAACAUUUCACUUAAUAAAUCUAAUCUCAUCUGAAAUGAGCACAUGGAUUUAAAGUGCAUAUGACAGAUAAUUCUCUCCUGUUGACUGACUUUGGUGUGAUAAUGCCUCUUGUAUAUAUAAAUGUUACUUUUACACAAAUCAAGAAGCGGUUUGUGAAGAAAAGUUGAAAAUAUGUUAAAAAUCUAGUUCUAAAUCAUAUUGAUGACGAAGAUUCUAUCCAAACGUUCGGCACAAGAAACACAGCUUUUCUGAUGCUAUAAACAUUAUUUUAAGAAAAUAUAUUUAUUUUAUUAUAUUUUUAUUGGUCAAAUAAAAAUAUAUGUGUACAUUAGUAGAGUUGGUCCAUUAUACGACAUGGUUACUAGGUAACAGUUAUCACGCUCCCUACUGUGAUGUCAUGAUUUACAACCAGGAAGUAAGAUUUUAAAAGUAAGAAAAUGCCAGAUUUUAUGCAAAAUAUCCAAUAUAAUGAUAUUUACUGUGUUUUACUAAACUGUAAAAUAAAUUAGUAAUAACCCAUCAUAGGUACUUAACAGAAAACAUCGUGAAGAAUAAUGAAUAUUUCUACUAUUUUAGACCAGUGUGUAAGACUCAUAUUACAUGCAUAGUGAGAUUAUAUUCUAUGAAAUGAAUUGUAACUGCAUUGUUGUAUAAUAUUUGACAGUUUCGCUCCAGAUUGGCUCUUUGAUUAAUAUGAUACUCGCGAUCAGAAUUCCAACUCGACUUCAAAUUCCCCUUAUAACUGCUCUAGCCUCGAUGAGCUUCAAUUGACUGGAGCCAAAUGCUAUGGGUGACAUCACACUCAUUUAGUCCACUUUUUUAAACAUCUAUGUUUUCUACUCAUUUCUACUCAUUGUAUUCUGAUAAAAUCAUAUAUAUUUUUGGAUAACAACAAAAGAAAAGAAAAUAAUUAGGAACAAAUCAAUAGAAGAUGGGUUUCAAAUGGUGGUCAAAUAUGAUGUAAAGAUAAUUUACUGGCAGAAGACAUUUACAAAAAACAGACAAACAAAAAAAAACAACAUUCAGAUCAGCAGACCACAUGAUUUUGGAUGUUCCAAGGUCCCGGCUAAAAAACUCAAGGGGCUGGGGCUUUUGCUGCAGCUGGUCCCAGACUCUGGAACAGUCGUCUUCUGUGUAUUAGAACAGCCUAAUCCUUAAAUAUCUUUAAAUCUUUGUUGAAUACUCAUUUGUUUGCACAGGGUUUUAACACAAGCUGAGCAGGACUUGUAUUGUUUUAUCUUGUUUUUGCAUGUUUUGUUUUAUAUGAUUGUACUUUAUAUAUUGCCUUUGUGCAGCAUUUUGGGCAACCGUGGAUGUUUUUAACUGUGCUUUAUAAAUACAUUUGACUUGACUUUUUUUUUUUGCUUUAGAAUCAAAAUGUACAUAUAGAGGUGUGUUAAAUGAGGUCAAAAACUGUAAACCACUGAAUACAAUAGAACAAGUCUGAUUGAUAUAUCUUAUCAAUUGCCUUUGUCCAUCCAUCCAUUUUCUUCCUCUUAUCUGGGGCCGGGUCCCGGGGGCAGCAGUUUAAGCAGGGACUCCCAGACUUCCCCUACGCGAGACAUGUCCUCCAGUUCUUCCGGUGGGACCUCAAGGUGUUCCCAGGCCAUGUUUUAAAUUAUAAGGAGACUGUAUGGAUACCCUGUAUAAUCUAUAAUCUAUAAUAUUGCAUGAUUUAUACACAAUGUUGACAAUAUUUGACAAAAUCGUUAGCAAAGUUCCACAAGAAGAGUAGACACCUGCACUGUUUUCUGUGUCUCUCUUCAAUUCACCACCAGAUGACGCCAUUUUACAUCAUAUUCACCACCAUCACAACGGCCCAAUCUAACCCAUCUGAUGUGAUAGAAAAACAACAAACUAAUGCAAUAAAUAUACCUUUGUAGAAUGGAGCGGUUGUGGUAUAUUUAGUAUGAAAAUCUUACAAGCCAAGUUUCAAAAUAUACAAUUCUUGUUUACUUCCUUUUUAGAUUAGUUAAUGAAAUUCAG